CGAGUCAUUCCUUCAUCAAAUACACCACAGUUCGUUAGUAGUGUGUGCAGAAAAAUGGCCUCGUCUUCUUCGUUUUCAAAGGCCGUUUUGACUUUGGUUUGUGUCGUGCUCCUUGUCGGUGGCACGAGUGCCCAACUUUCGAUUUACCACUAUGCCGAAACUUGCCCCCAACUCUGCCCGACGGUGAAGUCAAUCGUGCAGGCAGAGAUCGCCAAGGAGGCCCGCAUGGGUGCCUCGCUCCUCCGCUUGUUCUUCCACGAUUGCUUCGUCAAUGGUUGCGAUGGAUCGAACCUCUUGGAUGACACACCUACUUUCACCGGAGAGAAAAACGCGGCCCCGAACAGAAAUUCCUUGCGAGGGUUCGAAGUGGUGGACAAGAUUAAGGCUGCAGUGGAGAAUGUUUGCCCCGGCGUCGUCUCCUGUGCUGAUUUGUUGGCUAUUAUCUCCCGAGAUGCCGUUGAGAUACUGGGAGGGCCAGGGUGGGAUGUGAAGCUGGGAAGGAGAGAUGCAAGGACUGCGAGCCAGGCAGCAGCUAACAAUAGCAUUCCUCCUCCAACUGAUAGCCUCAAUGCUCUCAUUUCCGGCUUCCAGAAUCACGGCCUUUCUCAAAAGGACCUCGUCGCUCUAUACGGAGCACACACAGUUGGGCAAGCAAGAUGCACAAACUUUCGGGCCAGAAUCUACAACGAGAGCAACAUCGACAGCUCAUUUGCCGAAGCGAUGAAGAGCAACUGCCCGAGCGUCGCCGGCGUCGGCGACAACAACCUGGACGGGCUCGACUUCCAGAGCGCGACAUCAUUCGACAACACCUAUUACAUCAACCUCAUGAGGAAAAGAGGCCUCCUCCACUCUGACCAACAGCUCUUCAACGGCGGGUCCACCGACUCGCUCAUCAGGACUUACGCCCAAAGCCAAGAGACCUUCUUCAAAGACUUUGUGGCCUCCAUGAUCAAUAUGGGCGACAUCAAGCCCCUUACCGGAUCCAACGGCGAGAUCAGGAAGAACUGUAGGAGGAUUAAUUAAUUAUUGAUGAAUUUAGGGUCUACGUAUGCUCCUUUAUAUGGAGUUUCGGUAAUAAAUUGACCGAGCUGUAUUUCGCUUGUGUUUGUCCGCUUUGGAAGCUUUUGUUGUCGUGUGAGCGUUGGAGAAGGAAUUGUAAGAAUCAAAUGUUGUAAUAACUGUCCUGUGGAGAUUUCGUCAGCUGUUACCCAUAUCUUUGUUCGAAAAAUUAAAGUUGUUAGGAAAUGCA